UUUUUGGGAGAUGACAAACUGUCAAAUGUGCAAAAAGAAGAAUUAGAAAGAACGAUAAAAACGAAAGAAAAUCUUGUAAGGAAUAAGUUUUUUUUUAUAUAAAAUUAAUACAAAAUAUAUAAAAAUUAAUAUAGAAAAAUUACUAAUAACUACACGAAGAACUCAUCUUCUGCGUGGCAUACAAUAAGCCAUUGUUGAGUACAACUUUGUUAUACUGUUUGCAUUAUCUGGAUUUUAAUUUAAACAAAUACAACAUACAAAAAAACACAUUUAUUAGCAAAAAUGCAAAAAUUUAAAGGCUUUUGUAAUUUGCUGUGGGCCAACAUAUUGCUGUGCCUUAUCUGGGCGUGCACCGUACAAUCGGUUGAAUUCACAUUUGAUUUAGCCGAUGGAGCUGAAGAUUGUUUUUAUGAGGAGAUUAAACGCAAUACCACCGCCUAUCUAGAGUUUCAAGUUUCUGCCGGUGGACAAUUGGAUGUCGAUGUUAUGCUCAAGGAUCCCCAGGGACGCAUAAUCUAUGAACAGCAAAAGGCCACCUUCGACAGUCAUCAGUUUGUAUCCGAAACGACAGGUGUUUAUCAGGCCUGCUUUAGCAAUAAGUUUUCUACAUUUUCCCACAAAUUCGUUUAUGUUGACUUCCAAGUGGGCGAAGAGCCCGCCUUGCCCGGUGUCGAUGAUCAUGCCACUGUUUUGACACAAAUGGAAACCUCCUCACAGUCGAUACACAAGUCGUUAAAUGAUAUUUUGGAUGCUCAAACACAUCAUCGCCUCCGUGAGGCUCAGGGACGCAAAAGGGCUGAGGAAUUAAACGAACGUGUUAUGUGGUGGUCAUGUGCUGAGACUGCCGCCGUUUUAGUCAUUGGCAUUGUGCAGAUUUUAGUGCUACGCAAUUUCUUUUCAGAUCGUAAGCCCAGCCAAGCCCGAUAUAAUCGUUUGUAGGAGUUAUUUCCAAUUGCCGUAUAAAAUCUGUCUAUGAUUAAAUUUAUAUUUUAUUUUUAUUUUUUUUGUUCAUUUGUUAAGAAAAGACCUCUAACAACAUUUUAUUUCUUUAAAUACAUCCAUUUUGGUGUAUUUUUAAUAAGAAAAUUUCUCUUGUUUCAUGUUUCUCAUAGAAUCUUUCUAUACCUCAACAACUCCUCAGUUCAUCCUAAUAAUUCCAAAAAAAUAUAAUUUUUUGUUUAGUUUAAUAAAAAUAAAAUAUUAACAAACUUAAAACAAAUCUUCGAUUUCUUUUUGGGUUUUAAUUUAAGUUAAAAUUCUCUGUAUUUUUAGUUUAAAACAAAUUUAAAUAAAAUAAAAAAUAAGAACUUAUGUAUGUAUAUUUUCCAAAGAA